AUGUUUGGCUCACCUAAAACCAUUAAUGUCAGAAAUUAUCAAAUAAAAAAGAUUGACUUGAACAUUAGAAUAAAAUAUUGGACAUUUUCAAAGUGGAAAAAGAUUGUAUGGUCUGAUGAAUCUACAUUUAGCCAAUUUCAUAAUAUUAUAGUUUAUGAUGCUUUUUAUAGUAUAGAUUAG